AUGGCUCCCGCUGCUGUAAAGGAUCCUCCUCUGCCCGCACUAAUCCAGCUCCGUUACACCCGGGAUAGAAGAGGCUGCUCCCUGCCGGCGCUGCCACAGUGCGGAUGCUGCCCUCCUGACUGCCCUCGGCACCGGGACCCAGAGCCUGGGAGGGAGCAGGCGGUGGGAGAGGCCGGAGGAGGGAAGGCAGAGCCGGUGGGGAAGACGGCCCCGACCGCUCCAGAGCCUGGGGAUGGGAGGAAGGCAGCGCCGGCAGAGGAGGCUUCAGCUGCACAGCACGAUGGAGGGCAGGCAGCAUCUGCGGAGGAGAAGGUGCCGGCUGCUGCCGAGGCUCAGGGUGGACGGAAGGAAGAGCCCAAGGAGGAGAAGGCUGGGGCUGCGGGAGAGCCUGAAGGAGGGCAGGCAGUGCCCGCAGAGGGGAAGGGCCCGGCUGUAGCAGAGGCUCAGGACAGAGGGAAGGAUGAGCCCACGAAGGGGCAAGCCCCUGGUGGGUUAGAGGCUGAGGGUGCUGGGAAAGCAGAGCCCACGGAGGAGAAGGCUCCAGCUGCAGCAAAGGCUGAAGGAGGGAAGGCAAAACCCACAGAGAAGACAACCUUGGCUGCAGCACAGGCUCAGGAUGGAGGCAAAGAAGAGCCUACAAAGGAGAAAACCACGGCUGCUGCAAAGGAGAAAACCACAGCUGCUGCAAAAGCUCAGGAUGGGGAGAAGAAAGCUGCAAAGGCAGAUAAAACCCCAGCUGAUAAAAAGCCUGCAAAGGAGAAGGCGGCUCCAGCUGCUGUAAAGGCUCAGGAUGGAGAGAAUAAAGUGGCAAAGGCAGAAAAAGCCCCAGCUGCAAAAAAGGCUCAAGAUGGAGGCAAAGAGGAGCCUGCAAAGGAGAAAGCUGCAGCUCCUGCAAAGGAGAAGGCCCCAGAUGCUGCCAAGGCUCGGGAUGGAGAGAAGGCAGCAGUGAAGGGGGAGAAAACCCCAGCUGCAAAGAAGCCUCAAGAUGGAAGCAAAGCAGAGCCUGCAAAAGAGAAAGCCCCGGCUGCUGCAAAGGAGAAGGCCCCAGAUGCUGCCAAGGCUCAGGAUGGAGAGAAGGCAGCAGUGAAGGGUGAGAAAACCCCAGCUGCAAAGAAGCCUCAAGAUGGAAGCAAAGCAGAGCCUGCAAAGGAGAAAACCCCGGCUGCUGCAAAGGCUCAGGAUGGAGGGAAGAAAGCUGCGAAGGUAGAAAAAACCACAGUUGCAUCAAAGGCUGAGGACGGAGACAAAGAGCCUGCAAAGGAGAAGGUCCCGGCGGCUGCAAAAGAGAAGGCCCCAGAUGCUGCCAAGGCUCAGGAUGGGGACAAGGCAGCAGCAAAGGCAGAGAAAGCCCCAGCUGCAAAAAAGCCUCAAGAUGUAAGCAAAGCAGAGCCUGCAAAGAAGCAAACCCCGGCUGCUGCAAAGGAGAAGGCCCCAGAUGCUGCCAAGGCUCAGGAUGGAGAGAAGGCAGCAGCAAAGGCUCUGCUGCAGAGCCUGAGCUGCCCCGCCACCUGCCAAAGGGAGGAGCAGCCCCAGGCCGAGGUGGCAGCGAUGGAGAUGAUUCCGGAGGAGACCACGGCGGCAGAGCCUGGAGAGGAUGACGUCCCUCCACCACCGGCACCCUUCACCCACCGCAUCGUCACCCUGCGUUCUGCCAGUGUCAGCUCCCAGUUCAACCUCAGCUCCAAGGAGAUCCUGGGAGGGGGCAAGUUUGGUGAAGUCCACACGUGCACGGAGAAGCAGACGGGCCUCAAGCUGGCAGCCAAAGUGAUCCGGAAGCAGGGCGCCAAGGACAAGGAGAUGGUGCUGCUGGAGAUCGACGUGAUGAACCAGCUGAACCAUCGCAACCUCAUCCAGCUCUAUGACGCCAUCGAGACCCCCCGGGAGAUCAUCCUUUUCAUGGAGUUGCUCAGCGGCCUCUCCCCCUUCCUGGGUGACAACGACACCGAGACGCUCAACAACGUCCUGGCUGCCAACUGGUACUUCGACGAGGAGACCUUCGAGAGCGUCUCUGACGAGGCCAAGGACUUCGUCUCAAACCUCAUCAUCAAGGAGAAGGGGUGCGAGGCUGGCAGCGGCCGUGGGGGUUCUGGGAAAAACUUCAUCGGGGUGUGUGCUGCCAACCGCUUCAAGAAGAUCACCAGCUCAGGGUCGCUGACGGCGCUGGGUGUCUGA